AUGCUCCGCUUGAGCAGGUGGGUGGUGUAGGAGUCUUAAACAGAUUUCAUUUCAGUCGUACGCUACAGGCAGCUUUGAGUUUAAAAUCUAAACACGUGAAAUUUCAAAGCAAAAUUAAAGUAACUCUGGUUCAUUUGUCUGAUUCCCUCCUCUGUACGUGUAAGACAUCUGGAUGGCCCAAUCCAAGCAUUUCGACACAACUUUAAACAACUGGAAGAAAUUGAGUGAUGACCCCACUGGAGUGGGAACGAAUCCAUCUUUUUCUCUUCUGCAAUCUUACCCACAACUUCCUUUUUGUUCUUUUCACGAGAUCUUUGCCAAAGCAUUCCACAAUGGCUCCCACCGGCUGUCCUUCAGAUAUGCUGGAAGUCGAAAAGCAAAGGGGAGGAAUUAAGAAAGAGUGGCAGGCAACUGCCCACUUUCGCCUUUGAUUGAAAAGAAACAAUUCGCUUAAUUGUGUUUGCAGAGCGGAGAGGAAGGGAGUCGAUGCGUGUGCCAUGGCCUCAAUGUUGAUUUCCCGUGUAUGGAAGAUUAUAGCAGUGGCAGUGACAGUGGCGGGUAUGGCGGCGAGAAGCAGAGCAUGCAGGACCUUCUGUGGAAACACAAGUCUGGAUUACCCAUUUGGGGUAGAUGAGGGUUGUGGGCACCGACAGUACAGGGAGCUUUUAUACUGCAUCAACAAUGUAAUGAUGCUGCAUCUCCCUUCAGGCAGCUAUGAGGUGCUCUCCAUUGAUUAUGCCUUCGGCCUCGUCACGCUCUCCGAUCCCCACAUGUCCACCUGCGCUUCAAUGCACAAGAGCCUCGGCUUUGUCGUCCACCAGAAGCUUUCCCCUUUCCUUCGCCCCACGCCCGACAAUGCCCUGCUCCUUCUCGGCUGCUCUAACACCUCGCCCCUGUUUCAGGGCUUCCCUGACACCCACCUCCCCUGUUUCAACUCCUCUGCCUCCUCCUCCCCCUUUGGCUGUGAUGCAUUCUACAACUGCCCCGCCUGGGCGGGCAUGGGCCAAAAGACUAAGCACAACAAACCUCCUCCCUGCUGCGGCAUUCACUACUCUUCCGUUGGCGCCCUCAAUCUUACGCACCUCGACUGCUAUUCGUAUGCCUCUGCCUAUUCCUCGGCCCCGCUUAGAUACAAAAGUGCCGGCGACUGGUCAUAUGGGCUUCAGCUCAGCUUCGAGGUGCCUGGGAACUCUAGCUUCUGUGCAUCUUGCAAGGCCUCUCGAGGAGUCUGCGGUUACAGUGUCGAUGACGAUGACGACGACGAUGAUGAUUCCGAUGAUGGGAAAGAGCUCUGCCUCUGCGAUGGCUGGAAUUCCACCACCACCUGCGACACAGGAAGCAAAUCUGCAAGUGCAGAGCAUCAUUAUAUAUCAAAAUUGUUGGCUUUACUUCUAGCAGGGAUGUUGCUUAUAUCUGCAAUUUAAAGGACUGGCAUCCUUGGCAUGAAGAAAUUAUCAUGUGCUAUAAGAAAAGGAGACGGAGGUGGAGUGAAAUUGAGAGUGAUUUGAGUUCAUAUCAUGAAAAGUUGGCUCAGAGUGGCAGAGCCGAAGCUUAUUUCUCUAAGCAGAUAAUUUUAUCUUCUUUUGUGGAGAAACUGAUUGAGAUUCUAUUCAAUAUCAUUGGAGCGAUGGCAUCUGAUAAUAAUAAAUGUAGAAAUCACAUAAACCAAAAUACCAUAUUAAAUUUACUUUAUUCCUGCCUGGCACCAAAGUCUAGGCCCUAGAAUAAUUGUAAAUGUAGAAAUCACAUAAAAUUUUAUUGGUUUAA